CACGACCUCUAUUGAUAUUAUACGAAAUCCGCCAACUGCUUUUCCAUAACUACUUCUAACGUUUGCACCUCUUGGCCAACUCUUGGGUUCCAAGCUAUUCUUGACCACCUUUGUUUCUUGCGUGGGUGAAGACUUGCAGUUGGUUCCUUGUUUAUUAAAUUAGCAUCGACAGCAUUUAGCAGAUUUAUCACACUAUACCAAUAUGACGGACGAACAUGAGGGAGCGUCUGUGGGAGAGCAGCUCAUUGAGGCUUGUCGGAGGAAUAACGUCGACUUGUUGACCGAGAUAAUCCAAAAUUGCAAGAACGACGAGGAAAUAUCCCACCUGAUGAACAAUACAAAAACGGUUAUGGGGAACCAUCUUUACCAUGAGGCUGCUUCGCGAGGAAACUACGAAAUAAUCGACAUGCUCCUCGACCAACCAGAGUUCGAGUGCGAUCCCAUGAACCGCGCGGAAGGCGACACACCUCUACACAGCGCCAUCCGAUGGAUCAACAGUGAACCCCCGGCACAGCGCGAAUUCGGCAACGCGUUGGUGGAGAUGAUGCUGGAGGCGGGAUCGAGUACGCGCAUCAAGAAUAAGGCCAAGCUCACUCCAUACCAACUGGUCGAUCCCCGGAAUACGGGCCUAAGGGAGCUCAUACAGAAGCACGAGUAUGCAGCUCUAAACGCCGGGGAUUUUGUAGGUGCCGAUGAGGUCCAGAAACCAAAAGCGAAUGCUAGCGCACAGCUUGACAUUCCAGCCGCGGAAGAAAGCGAUGACGACGCGGAGUUCUCUGGAAGUGACGACGAGGAGCGAGCCGAGUGGGAACGCAGGCGCAAUGCGAAGAAGGGUUGAUAGAUUCGGUCGAAGCAUCGCCUAGAUAGAGGAUGAGACAUUUAUCAACUUGGAUGUUUAUCAAGGACUGGCUCCGAAGAGGGACAUAAGCGCAUGUUUUAGCAACCCAUAGAACCAAAUUUACAUACAAUUAGUCAUCCUCGUCCACCAGCGUGGAAUACAGCUCCGAAAUCUCUGAUUAUCUCACCAUAUGUCAUUAGCAGCUAUAGCCUCUUUAUCUCCUCUUCGGGUUGACCUAAUACGG